AUGCCCGAGGGGCCGUCCGUGCGGCGGUAUCACGCUCUGGUCGCCCCCUUUGUGGGGCAGCAGGUGGUCAGGACCGGGGGCAGCAGUAAGAAGCUUGACCCUGCCGGCUUCCAGUCCCUGUGGCUCCAGGACACCCAGGUCCACGGGAAGAAAUUAUUCCUUAGGUUUGAUCCAGAUGAAGGAACGGGGUCCCCUGGGGGCCGCCCACUGCCCACGCCUCCCCCCGGGAGGGCAAGGGAGGUGGGGCCCGGUGGCCAGCAAGUCUCUGCCCAGCGCGCCUUGACCCCGCCGCCGCUCAGCCCCCCGGGAGACGCUGGAGCCCAGAGCCCGGGGGGAGCCGCCCCCGCGGGGGACGCUGGGCGCUGGCUGCAGGUCGCCUUCGGCCUGUUCGGCAGCGUCCGGGUGAGCGAGUUCUCCAGGGCCAGGAGAGCCAACAGGAGGGGCGACUGGACGGACCCGGUGCCCAGGCUGGUCCUGCACCUUGGGGGUGGCGGCUUCCUGGCGUUCUAUAACUGCCGGCUGUGCUGGUGCGGCGCCCCGCUGGCCCGCCCCUGCGCCGACAUCCUGUCCGCGGACUUCCACCGAGGACGGGCCCUGGCGGCGCUGGGCCAGGCGCGGCCCGUCUGCCACACGCUGUUGGACCAGAGGCACUUCGCGGGCGCAGGGAACAUCAUUAAGAACGAGGCCCUGUACAGGGCUGGCGUCCACCCUCUUGCCCUGGGCUCGCUCCUCCAGCCUCUGCAGCGCCAGGCGCUGCUGGACCACGUGCUGCGCUUCAGCGCCGACUGGCUGCAGGGCAAGUGCCAGGGCCGGAGGCAGCCCACGCAGGUCUACCAGAAAGAGCAGUGCCCCGGGGGGCACCGGGUCUGCAAGGGGGCCUUCGGGCCGCCCGGGGGCCUCCAGAGGCUGACCUGGUGGUGCCCCCAGUGCCAGCCCCACGUGCCCGCCCAGCAGCCCGAGGCCCUCGGGCCCCCCGCACCACCCCCGGCCCCGGGGGUCCGUGGUGGCGUUGGGGCAGGGGGCCUGUGCGAGGUUGACCUUCGUGGUCAGAGCGGCCGCACCAGCGACUCCUGUGACCUGGUCAGCGCCUUGAACCAGGUCAAGAGUUUUCUUCAGGGCAUCGUGGGUGGCCUGCCUGCCACCUUCGGGAACGGGAGGCGGAGCCUGGACAGGCCCGGGCAGCCUUGA